CAAUUAAUAGGAGUUAAAUAUAACGUAAAGUCAAUGAAUUGAUUGAAAACAAAUCCGUGAGAAGUGGUCAACAAAACUGCGACCGCAAUGACCGACAUAUCGACGGCCAAAAUGGCGUCUCAAUCAUUUGAUCCGCAAGAUUUGGUCCGCGAACUCACAUCCAAAGCGUCGGUAAGCAUUGAUGGACUGUUGGUCGCCCGCAAACAGGUCCAGAGUUUGGCCGACGACACCAACUCUCAGCUGAAGAAAAAUGUUUACAAGAAUUACUCACUUUUUAUUGAAACGGCAAAAGAGAUUUCUUAUCUGAAGAAUGAAAUGUUUCAAUUGAGUCAUCUCUUGACUGAUCAACAAAACCUUAUGGCAUCACUUCUUGAUAUAUCUAUUGGCGGACAACGACCCGCUUUGACGGCCAUCGAAAAGAAAGAGGCGUUGGAUAGAGUAGUGAAGGAACACAAAGAAAAAGUGAUUAAUUCUACGGUUAAUACCGUUUCCAAAGAAUUAAGUACUUUAUUGGACCGAAUUGAAGGAAGUGCUGGCAUUCUUGAGACCCGAACUCGGGCUUCAGUUCUCUUCUCUGGAGAACUCAUGGAAUUGGAUUCAAACGAAUACAAGAUUAUUCAACCAAUAUUUGCAAUACUUCUUAACGAUGGACUUAUUGUUUCGUCAAUACUUCCGCCAAAUGCUUCCAGAAAUCAAAAGAAAUAUAAAUUUCAGUCAAUUUAUGAUUUGGAUAAUAUUGCUGUCGUUAAUGUUAAAGACCCAAACUUAGAGACAGCAUUCAAGAUAUUGAUGUUUCCCACAACUAAAGUGUUCAGAACUGAUUCAAAACAAACUAAGAUUCAAUGGUUGGAUGCUUUCGAAGCAGCGAAGAAACAGAGAAAAGCGUCGUUGACAUUACAGAGAAGGGAUUCAUUGAUGUAUAUAUCAAAUAUGAGUAUUGAUGGCACAGCUAGUGGUGUCAAAACACCGAUUUCUCCUAUUGAUAGACCUUAUGCUUCAAUUUUGAAUCCUUUUGAAGAGGCAGAACUUCUUGAAGAAGUGAAUGAAUCUGAUACAGAGUUAGUGCCUCAAUGGUUGACAGAACUUCCCGAAGAUUUAGACGUAUGUAUUGCUCAGAGAAACUUUGAAGACGCUGUAAGUUUAGUGCUUCGAGUGAAUGAACACUUCCAGAUGUAUCCCAAAUGUUGUGAUAAUAUAAUGCAAACCGAUCUUAAGUUACGAGUAGAGCAUAGAAUUAAAGAGUUAAUCGACGCCCUGACCCACGAUUUACAGAUAGCACCCGAUCGGUCAUUACAGACGGGUCCUCGUUCUUCAAGACGUUCGGUGCGCUUAUUAUUAAAACUAGGAAAGUCUUCGUUGGCCACGAAGUUAUUUCUUAACCAAAGAAGUGCUUUACUUAAGUUUUGUUUGAAACAACAGAAAAUAGACGGCGCGACUCUUCAGUACAUCAAAAGAAUGAGUUCCGUCUUCUUUAAUAAUGUCAUCGAAACAACUAAAGAAUUUCAGAAAGCUUUUGAUUUGAGUAUUCAAACAAAUGGAGGUUUAGUAGCAACUCCUCCGACAUCUUUAAUAAACGAUAAUUUGUGUGUCAAUGGAGACAAACUAUCGCCAACACAGAGCCAGUCUAUUGCAUUGUCGAUGGCAUGUCUAGUCUCGUGGGCUCGGAAUCAGUUGAAUCAUUUUAUUGGUUUAUUUUCGAGACAUGUAUUUACCACUCAAGUCUCUCCAUCGAUUGCAGCUGAAUGUGUGGCCAUAAUUCGCUACCAGUGCUCUAAAAUGAAAACAUCUAUUGGAAUGGAUUUUCUUUUUUAUUUAGAUAAACAUUUAAAGACAGAUAUAGAAAGGAUUAUCACUGAAAUAAAAGAUAAACUCUUGGAGGCCAUCAAAUUAAGAGCAGCUGAAGAUAAAUGGGUUCCACAGAAUUUUCAUAAUAAAAUGAAAAUUUCAAAGUUUUUAGAAGAUAUGAAAGACAUUGGUAUCACAUCUUUUGAUAAAUAUAUUGUCGACGAAUAUUGUGUUAAUUUAACCUCUAAUUCAACCACAUUUGCCAAAUCAUAUUUCAAUUCUUUGAAAGAUUUAUUAAAAUUAACAAAUUCUGUGACUAAAAAAUUAGUGAUUGAGGCCUUAAUUGUUACAUUUAAAGCUCAGAUGAAACACAUCGCAACUUCGCUUAAGAGUCCACUCUUUAAAUCGGAACAUAUGUUCAUCGAGAAGAACGCAGCCUUUCUUCUUGAUGUUGUUCUUACAUUAAAUGAGAACUAUUAUUGUGACAAAAUUCAGAUCAAUAGUUGCGAAGAAUUAGCGCGAAUGCAUUCAGACUACGCCUAUCUUAAGGGUGGUAUUGAACCAAAACCAAGAGCCAGAAGUAAAACUUCUUCACCCAUUAAGACUGCAUACACUUCUACUACUUAUUUAUAAUUUUGUUUUAUUUAUAGUAUAUUAUUAAUGU